GGCUCGGCGGACACCAGGUGCGAGCGGCGGGAGGCGGAGGGGCCUCGGCGCCACCUCCCAGCCCGGACGUGCGUCCGGGAUCACCCGGGUCCCGCUCCUCCCCACCGGCGGGGGGAGUGCGGGCAGGCGGCCGCUCUCUCCGGCUAUAAAGGGCCCUGGACUGCCGCGGCUCGCCUCGGCUCGCCUCGCCAGAGCCUCCUUCGGCUCCGCCCUCGCCGCCUUCCUUACGCAGGAGCUGCAGUUCCCGCUCAGGCUCCACUCGACCAUCUCGGGCCUCGGCGGAAGAUGGCGGCUUCGGCGGCUCAAGCCGACUGCUCCGAGGCGGCCCUGGCUGAGGCGCUGGCGGAUGUACCCGAACUAGCCCGACUUCUGGAGAUCGACCCGUAUCUGAAGCCCUUCGCCCUGGACUUUCAGCGCAGGUAUAAGCGGUUUAACGAGACUUUGAACAACAUUGGAGAAAAGGAAGGUGGCAUUGAUAAGUUUUCCAGAGGUUAUGAAUCAUUCGGUGUCCACGGAUGUAUGGAUGGUGGUUUAUACUGCAAAGAAUGGGCCCCGGGGGCAGAAGGAGUUUUUCUUACUGGAGACUUCAAUGAUUGGAAUCCAUUUUCUUACCCAUACAAAAAACUAGAUUAUGGAAAAUGGGAGCUGUAUAUUCCACCAAAGCAGAUUAAAUCUGUAGCAGUGCCUCAUGGAUCCAAAUUAAAGGUUGUUAUUAGGAGCAAAAGUGGAGAGAUCUUGUAUCGUAUUUCGCCAUGGGCAAAGUAUGUGACUCGUGAAGGUGAUAAUGUGAAUUAUGAUUGGAUACACUGGGAUCCAGAGCACCCAUAUAAAUUUAAGCAUACCAGACCAAAGAAGCCAAGAAGUCUAAGAAUUUAUGAAUCUCACGUGGGAAUUUCUUCCUAUGAAGGAAAAAUAGCUUCUUAUAAACAUUUUACAUGCAAUGUACUACCAAGAAUCAAAGACCUUGGAUACAACUGCAUUCAGUUGAUGGCCAUCAUGGAACAUGCUUACUAUGCCAGUUUUGGUUACCAAAUCACAAGCUUCUUUGCAGCUUCAAGCCGUUAUGGGACUCCUGAAGAGCUAAAAGAGCUGGUUGACACAGCUCAUUCAAUGGGUAUUACAGUCCUUUUAGAUGUGGUACAUAGUCAUGCUUCAAAAAAUUCAGAAGAUGGAUUGAAUAUGUUUGAUGGGACAGAUUCCUGUUACUUUCAUUCUGGACCUAGAGGAAAUCAUGAUCUUUGGGAUAGUCGAUUGUUUGCCUACUCCAGCUGGGAAGUUUUAAGAUUCCUUCUGUCAAACAUAAGAUGGUGGUUGGAAGAAUAUGGCUUUGAUGGGUUUCGUUUUGAUGGCGUUACAUCCAUGCUUUAUCAUCACCAUGGAAUGGGUCAAGGUUUUUCAGGUGGUUACCAUGAAUAUUUUGGACUACAAGUAGAUGAAGAUGCCUUGGUUUAUCUCAUGUUGGCAAAUCAUUUGGUUCACACAGUGUAUCCACACUCUAUAACAAUAGCUGAGGAUGUAUCAGGAAUGCCAGCUCUGUGCUCUCCAAUUUCCCAGGGAGGGGUUGGCUUUGACUAUCGAUUAGCCAUGGCAAUUCCAGAUAAAUGGAUCCAGCUACUUAAAGAAUUUAAAGAUGAAGACUGGAAUAUGGGCAAUAUAGUGUAUACACUAACAAACAGACGCUACCUUGAAAAGUGCAUUGCUUACGCAGAGAGCCAUGAUCAGGCACUCGUUGGGGAUAAGACACUGGCGUUUUGGUUGAUGGAUGCUGAAAUGUACACCAACAUGAGUGUUCUGACCCCGUUUACUCCAGUUAUUGAUCGUGGAAUACAGCUUCAUAAAAUGAUCCGACUCAUUACUCACGCACUCGGUGGAGAAGGCUAUCUCAAUUUCAUGGGUAAUGAAUUUGGGCAUCCUGAAUGGUUAGACUUCCCAAGAAAAGGAAACAACGAGAGUUACCAUUAUGCCAGAAGGCAGUUUCAUUUAACUGAUGAUGACCUUCUUCGCUAUAAGUUCCUAAAUACCUUUGACAGGGAUAUGAAUAAACUGGAAGAAAGAUGUGGUUGGCUUUCAGCUCCACAGGCCCACGUGAGUGAAAAGCAUGAGGCCAAUAAGAUCAUUGCUUUUGAAAGAGCAGGUCUUCUUUUUAUUUUCAACUUUCAUCCCAGCAAGAGCUACACUGAUUACCGAGUUGGAACUGCAUUGCCAGGAAAAUUCAAAAUUGUGCUAGAUUCAGAUGCAGCGGAAUACGGAGGACACCAGAGAUUGGACCACAAUACUGAUUUCUUUUCUGAGGCUUUUGAACAUAAUGAGCGUCCCUGUUCUCUUUUGGUGUACAUUCCAAGCCGAGUGGGCCUCAUCCUUCAGAAUGUGGAUCUGCCCCAGUGAAGAGACUGAUUUCAGCUCCACCUGAGGAAGAUGUGCGCUUUGUUUUCCCGUUCCCAUUGUCGCAGAACUUACAACGUGUGAGCUUUUCAAAAUACAGUUGUCCAGCCGAAACGUGGCAUGUCUGAAUUUCAAUAUUGGCUUAUGCAAAUGAAUGUCAAACUUUUCUUUAAGAAGUAGAGGGGGGAAUAUUUUUAAAUUUCAAGGGUCCUAGACUAUAUUUUCCAAGCAUCUGAGCAGCUAGGAUUCUCAAACAAAUUAUUAUAUAUAAUGUCUUUAAACAACUGUACUUUCACAUUGGCCUUUAUUUGAUCCUUAUGUUCAAAUUUGAAUCAUGUGUUAUGUAUGAUUAUUUCUGUUCAAUGUAUGCAAUAUUAUUUUUAAGAUGGAUAUUUGAUGGCUCUGUUUCUUCUGAUAUUUCUUGGUCUAAAUUAUAAGGUACCAAGGUUGUUACUAUGUUUUUUCAAAUUGUUUUUAGAAAUACUAUAAUAAAAAUGUAGUAAUAAUACCAAAAUUAAGAACAGAAUCAAAGAUAAUAUAAAAGUCAUUA